UGUCAUUCAAUAUGUCGCCGAUGAUAUUAAUUGCUUUAAUUUUGCAAAUUUGUGUUACAAAUGUAAUAACAGGAGAAUAUUCUGAAGUGGUUCAUAAUUUUAAAUCUAUUCGAAAAAAUGUUGCGUUGUCAAUAUUGGUAAUCGAUGGCGAUGAAAGCAAUAUAGAUUCAUCAUCCCUGUCAUCAGCAGAAUUCGUUAAAGUACCUAAUAUCGAAGAUUUAUACAUUAUCAACAUUUUAAACAGUCUGGAUAAAAAUAUUUUUACUUCAUUGCAUCGACUUCAACAUUUAAAAAUUGAAGAAAACGAAUUAUCUUACAUUGGCCCCGCUGUGUGGGCUGGAUUGGAUUUGGAAAAGCUGAGUUUACGUAAUAAUCAAAUUGAAAAGUUGGAUAAUCGUGCUUUUGAUGGAUUAAAGGCUUCUAUGAUCGAUUUAUCCAAUAACAAACUUCGAACCUUGCCGAAUAAGUGUUUACAAAGUUUAAGGUUAUAUAAAUUGACACUUGCAAAUAAUCAAUUGGAGGACAUUGAUUUGGAAACAUUUGGACCGGAAUUAGCUUAUGCAGAUUUGAGCAAUAACCUGUUGACUUCAUUGGAUGUGGAAGUGUUCAGUGGGGUUUAUGCAUUGCUUAAUUUAAAUUUAAGCGGAAAUAAAUUGACUUCAAUUGUUGCUGCACCUACAUUAAAAAAGCUUAAAGUAUUGAACUAUUCACACAAUCAAAUAAGUGUUAUCGCGGGCAAUGCCUUUGACUCCUAUAAUCAAUUAAUGGAACUUUAUUUGGAUCAUAAUCAAAUAUUUCGAUUGAAUCAUCAAUCAUUUCCAUCAAUUGCACCAAUCAAAAAAUUUACAAUUGAUCAUAAUUAUUUAACAGGGCUGUCUGAUGAGUUGCUAAAUGCACUAGAUAAUUUAGCUUAUUUAAAAUUCGGUGGAAACCCGUGGAGUUGCAAAUGCUUAGAGCGUGUUUUAGAAUUCAUACGCUCGAAUAAAAUUGGAACAGAUUAUUGUGAAAGUAAAUUAAUUCCUCAAGGUCACUCCUGUGUUAAUUACUAUGAUAAAUGUUAUGGCAAUGAAACCAAAAUAUUAUCACAAAACUUUGAAAUUUAUAAAAAUUUCAUAAAGCAUUAUGAAUGUUAAUAUGACUUAUCCUUCCGAGUUACGAGUAACGAGAAUAAAAUACUAUUGUGCAAUAAAA